UUCCCUCUCAUCUUUCACUCUGUUGGGAAACAAAAAAAAAAUCACAGCCUAGAUAUUUUCAAUUUAAUCCUCGGUUUGGAGAUUGAAAGAUGCCAUUCUUUGGCUGUCAACAUCAUCRAUGGACAAGAAAGACAAAAUUAGGUUUCUUAUCCCUUUGUUACCAAAACCCAGUUAGGCGUCUAAUUUCUGUGUCUCCUGAAAUCCAUGGCUCCUUCUACUCCGAGACUUGUUGUUCCAAUAGACUUGAAAAAGAAGGCAUGGGAUCAAAAAUUACCUCUUCACAACCGGUGGCACCCACUUAUACCCCCAGUUGCAGAGGUUCAAACCGAUGAGUUCUUCAGGGUUGAGAUGGUGGACUGGACUGGAGGUGUCAUUGGAGAUAAUGACUCAGCCAGUGAUGUACAGUCUAUUGACCUUUCAAUUACCCAUUACCUGAGUGGCCCAAUUAGAGUUGUGGACAAGGAUGGAGUUCCAGCCAAGCCAGGAGAUCUACUUGUAGUUGAAAUCUGCAACUUGGGUCCUCUUCCAGGAGAUGAAUGGGGUUAUACUGCAACAUUUGACAGAGAAAAUGGAGGUGGUUUUCUCACCGACCAUUUUCCUUGUGCCACCAAAGCUAUUUGGUAUUUUGAAGGAAUAUAUGCAUACUCUCCUCAAAUCCCAGGAGUUCGAUUUCCAGGUCUAACUCACCCUGGAGUGAUUGGAACUGCACCAUCGGCAGAGCUUCUGAGUAUUUGGAAUGAAAGGGAAAGGCACGUCCAAGAAAACGGGCUUCAGACUCUAAAGCUUUGUGAGGUCUUGCAUUCACGGCCAUUGGCAAACCUACCAUCACCGAAAGGUUGCGCUCUUGGAAAGAUCAGAGAGGGCACAGAAGAAUGGGAAAGAAUUGCCAAUGAGGCGGCAAGAACAAUCCCAGGGAGAGAAAAUGGUGGAAAUUGUGACAUCAAAAACCUCAGUAGAGGUUCAAAAAUAUACCUCCCAGUUUUCGUGGAAGGGGCAAACUUCAGUACGGGUGACAUGCACUUCUCGCAAGGAGAUGGUGAAGUCUCAUUCUGUGGAGCAAUUGAAAUGAGCGGUUUUCUAGAGCUCAAGUGUGAUAUCAUAAGUGGCGGAAUGAAAGAGUACCUCACACCAAUGGGGCCGACUCCUCUGCACGUAAACCCAAUAUUUGAGAUAGGUCCAGUUGAACCAAGAUUCUCAGAAUGGCUGGUUUUUGAAGGCAUCAGCGUGGAUGAAAGUGGGAGGCAGCAUUUUCUCGAUGCCACUGUAGCUUACAAGCGCGCUGUCCUCAACGCCAUCGACUAUCUUUCCAAAUUUGGUUACUCGAAGGAACAGGCUUAUCUGCUGCUGUCAUGCUGCCCCUGCGAAGGAAGAAUCUCCGGGAUUGUUGAUUCACCAAAUGCUGUGGCUACCUUGGCGAUCCCCACCGCCAUUUUUGAUCAGGAUAUUCGCCCAAAACCGAGUAAAGUUCCAGUUGGACCUCGACUACUURGAAGAUCAGACGUCCUGAAAUGCAGCUAUGAUGGGAAUUUGCCCACCACCAAGAACCCCAGCGCCACAACUUAAACAAGGCGAUCGGCAUCAAACGCUGACUUGUCAUUUUGAAGAGCAGCCUUCAGUCCCGAGGCCAAGUGAUCAUAGCUCAAGUCCUUAUCUGUAGCCGAAGGAAAGAAAUGUUACWGAAGCAAAAUAUAUCGAUAUAUGUCAACCAUAGAAUACACAGAAGAAAUUCAGGAGCAAUAGCCAAUGCAAUUAAGCAAGAAAAGGAGUAGCAUUUUCCUUUUCAGUCCAUCGUCCUCUACGACAGAUGUCAAAUUGCUCCAACUCUCGUGUUGCUUAAGAACUUCAAUUUUAUCGUUUAAAUUCGAAUUGAUUCUAGAAUACCUUUAAAAUCCUAAGACCAUCAAUAACAUUUAGAUCCUUUGUAGACGCUUUAGGGUGUAAUCUUAUUGAAUCUUUAAAGUUAAAACUGUUUUUCUUUACACAAACUUUGAAAGAUUAACGAGCUUUUCUGRUCUGUUUCCUAA